AUGAUGGCUCCAUUAAUCCCAGUUUUGAGAGACUUCGGCAUGACUGCGGAAACUGGUUUCCUCCCGGCCGAAGUCCCCCCUGCCACACUUCUAAAUCCGUACUAUGAGAAGUGGGAGACAAUCCUCGCCAACCUUCCAGCAAUCAUCGGCGAUCACCGCAUACGUGUUGUUGUCGAUGAGCUGCCCGUGCUCUCUACAGCCCACCUGCGAACAUGCGCAGAGUGGCGAAGAGCAUAUGUUCUGUUGGCAUUUAUGAGCCAUGCGUAUAUCUGGGGAGGAACAAUACCAUCCGAAAGGAUACCUCGCCAGCUGGCCGUUCCCCUACUUGAGGUGUGUGAAUAUCUGGAGGUCCCUCCCGUCGCCACUUAUUCUGCGCUAUGCCUAUGGAAUUUUCAGCCAACAACACCUGCUGAGUCUACCGAUCACCUCGAGGAGAUGACAACUCUCGUCACUUUCACUGGCACCGCUGAUGAAAAGUGGUUUUACCUCAUUUCGGUAGCCAUCGAACGUGCUGGUGCUCCUGUUAUCCCCUUGAUGCUUGAAGCAAUUGUGGCACAUUAUGCAGGAGAUCUUAGUACCGUUGCCACGGCACUACACACAUUUACAAAGAUCCUGGACCGUAUAACGGCAAUACUGCUCCGGAUGUAUGAGAGGUGCAGACCAUACGUGUUCUAUAACCACAUCCGCCGAUUCAUUGCUGGAAGCAAAAAUAUGGCGGGCGCAGGACUCCCCAACGGUGUCAUAUAUGACAUCGGACUUGGCAGUGAGGAGUAUCGACAAUACGGAGGCGGAAGCAACGCCCAGAGUUCGCUCUUUCACUUUUUCGAUAUUGUUCUCGGGGUUGAACAUCAUCCGACUGAUACAACACGGCCCAGGGACAACUUCGUCCAUGAAAUGCGUUCCUACAUGCCUGGACCUCAUCAUCGUUUUCUGGAGGAUGUCUCAAAAAUAGCAAACAUUCAUGAGUUCCUCACCAGUUGCCGUUCUGACGGCCGACUGUCUGCGCCAUAUAGCGCCUGUGUCAGCGCGCUAGCAAACCUUCGGAAUAAGCAUAUACACCUCGUGACUCGGUAUAUUGUUAUUCAGUCGCAUAAAUCCAGGACCCUAUUAGGCGCUGAAAGAUUAUUAACGAGCCAGACUACCAGCGGAACUAUCAUCAGAUCCAUCUCACCUAACAACAACCCUGAAAAUGAGGGAUUACAUGGAACGGCUGGCUCUUCCAUGAUGCCCUUUUAA